UGCACCAUGAAGUUGUAUGCAAACCACCGUAAAAACAACAAAAAGAAGAAGAAGAAGAAGUUUACUCAGGUUCACGUGGUGUAUCAAAUAAGCAUGGCGGCUGGAUUCAAAACUGCCGAGCCAUUGGAAUACCACAGGAGUUUUCUGAAAGAAAACUGCCGACCAGAUGGACGAGAACUGGGUGAAUUCAGAAUCACAACACUCAAUAUAGGUUCCAUAUCGACUGCACACGGCUCUGCCUUGGUGAAGAUCGGAAACACUACUGUCAUCUGUGGUAUCAAAGGGGAACUAGCGUCUCCGCCAAACGACGCACCGAAUAACGGUUAUAUAGUACCAAAUGUGGACCUGCCGCCUUUGUGUUCCUCCAAGUUCCGACCGGGCGCCCCAGGGGAGCAGGCGCAAGCUGCAAGCCAGUUCAUGGCUGACAUCAUCGAGAGCUCUGAGAUUAUACUGAAAGAAGACCUAUGUAUUGAAAAGGGAAAGCUCUGCUGGGUAUUGUAUUGUGACAUGAUGUGUCUGGACUACGACGGGAAUCUUCUGGACGCCUGCGUUAUCGCACUGCUGGCAGCCCUGAAGAACGUGCAGCUUCCGGAAGUUUCCAUUAACAAAGACACAGACCUGGCAGAAGUCAACACGGACAAGAAAAGGCGCCUGAACAUCGCCAAACAUCCGACUGCCUCGUCGUUUGUAGUCUUUGACGACUCCAUAGUUAUCGUUGACCCUACCGCUGAAGAGGAGACCCUGUCCACAGCCAUGAUGACGGUGGUGACGGACGAGGAAGACCGGCUCUGUAUGCUUCACAAACCAGGUGGAACGUCGCUGUCGGGCGAGAAGCUCCAGGACUGCAUCAGCCGAGCGGUGACGAGGAACCGCGAGAUCAGCAAACUGAUAAACACGGUCAUACAGAGCGUCAAAACUCACAAGUGAGGGACCAUACACACAAACCACCACGUUUCCCAGGGUUUUUUUUUUUUCUCUAAAAGUUGUAUUUUUCAAUGUCAAUAUAUAUUUUCUUUUAUCACAAUAAAACUGCUGACAAAGAACAUUUACA